AUGCCCAAGUCCAGAAUAGAACCUACGAAUAUUAACUUUGGGGCCAUCCCAGCAUUAGUAGAAAUACUGCAAAAUAGUGAAGCAGAAGAUGCAGAGAUCUGUGCAUCUGCUUGGACAUUGGGGCACAUAGCAAAGCACUCACCUCAGCACAGUCUGGCUGUAGCUGUCGCUAAUGCUUUACCUAGACUUCUUCAGGCAUCCUUAAAUAUGUUCUAG